ACGAUGUGACUGAAUUCAAUCAAGAUGAUUUUAAAUUAUUGGAGAAAACAUUACAAAGAUGUAUUCAAUAUAUCAGGUUUCAUGAAAUUAGUAUGCCUGACUUUUAUCAUAAAGUAUUGCCUUAUAGACGUAUUUCACAAUCUUAUACUUCUUAUGCAAUGUAUUGUAAUAGAAAUACUGGACCAAAUUUUGGUAGUGAUUUAUAUAUUAACGGAAAUAAUUUAUAUAAUGGUUGCAAUGGAUAUUAUCCGAGUGUUGGGGUUCCAAAUGGUUCACAAAUUAAGGAAUAUGAAGUGUUUCAA